GCUUGAUUUUUCGGCCAUCGUAGCAGAAAGAAUUAGCGGGUGCAAAACAAGACAUCUGUGUAUUUUGUCUGUUGGCUUUUGUUUAUAUUUUAUUUUUCUUUAAUAUUGCACCAUUAUGGGCAUAUAUUUUUUUAAGAGUUACCCCAUAAUGGAUAAAUAUGAAAUGCUUAUAUAAAUGCAUACUUUAUUGUUUAUUUUUGUCAUUUAUUUAAAACUUGAGAAAGUUUAAAAAUGCAUCAUUCUCACGAAACAGAUUUGACUGAAGAUUACGAAUCUUUACAAAUUUGUACCGCUGAAGACCAAGAUGAAAUUAUUGGUGCAAUAGAAACUUCACAUAAUAAUAGCUCUAAACAAAAAGUAUCCAAUAUCUGUUUCUUUUAUGAGAAAAACGGGUAUUGUAAAUAUGGUGAUAAUUGUACAUAUGUGCAUAACAAAAAAAGUUCAUAUAGGGAUAACCGUAUCGGAAAAAACGCCAAUUUACGCAAACAAAAUAAUAAUUCCUAUGUUUUCCGUAGCAGUCAUAUAACUCGGAAAAUACCAUGUCGAUAUUUUAAAACAGGAAACUGUGGAAAAGCGGAAAAUUGUCUAUACAGUCAUUCGGGCGAAACGGACUCUUCCUUGAUAUCCGAAGUCAGUUUAGAAUCAUCUAAGCAAGUUAAAAAACAUAAGGAUUCUUCUGUCCAUAAAAGUAAAAAAGCUCCACUUUGUCAUUAUUUCAAAAGAGGUCAGUGCCGUAAUGGUGAUAACUGUAAGUUCUUCCAUCAAAAGAAAUAUGUAUCUGAGAAAAACAGCAAAACUACUUGCCUUGAGAAAAGCAAUGAAGAAAAUAAAAGUAAGAAAGAAGAUAAAAGCGUGUAUGAUAAUUCAGUUCCUUCCCUAACUGAAGUUACUAAAGAAAAGCCUAUAGAAGUUUCAUCUUUAAAUGUUAGGAAAAUUUAUGAAUUAACAAAGUUGACUGAAGAUGAUGUAAUUAAUUUAAGAAACACAGAGAUCACGCAGCUGAGAAAGCGCUUUCCAAGUCUGAAAAUUAUUAAAGAAAAUGAAACUUUUAUCAUUUCUUUUCAACCAUCUGAUCCCGACUGGCCUUUUGACUUGAAAAAUUUGGAAAUUCAAGUGGAUUUUCCUGAAAAUUAUCCAAAGAAGGUCUGUCAGAUUAAAGUCUUGGAGUCUGCUGAUUACAUUCCACCACUUCUUAUCAGGUUUUUGAACAGAAGUAUUAAGGAUUGGCUGAGUAAAAAAUUUGAAGAUUCCAUUGCAUCGGAUAAAGUAGAAUUAGUAUUUCGUCCAUUUUUAAGGUGGUUUGAUCGCACUUUGGAGGAUCUAUUUAUUUCUGGAUUAAGAUUGGUAAAACUAGAUAUUCAAGCUAAAGAUGCUGGCAUUGAAUUUGUACCUCCCGAAAAACUAUUUGAAUCAUCCACUGCUACUAGUAAUCAAGAAAAUACUUCUGAUAUAAGCGACCAAUCAGAUACAGAACAAAAUCUUAAUAAUUCUGAAGUUGAAGAGCAGUCGGAGAAGUCAUUAUGCAAAGAUAUAGUCUCCCAGCCCAAGAAAAAUGAACCUAUCAACACUGCUGUUAAUCAAGGGAUGAAAGUUUUAUUUUCAGAUCUGGAACUGACAGAGGGUGCUGCAGCUCUGACCUGCACAAAAAUCUCUGUCAUGCUUCAAUGCAGUCGCUGUAGAACAUCUUGCAAUGCAGAGUUUGCAUCAAAUAAAAGCAAUUCACAGAAAUGUUCUAAAUGUUAUAGAGAAAUGGUAUAUGCCUUUAAUCCUGCAACUCUGCAUCCAUUCUCUAAUGUUCUUGGAACCUUGCAACUGACUGACUGCCAAAUUAUUGACAUUAAUUUAGUGGAAUGUCAUUUUUUGGUUGACUGUUUGAAUUGUUCUAAACAAGUUGCUGUUGAUGGCAUUCAUUAUGGACAGCAGCAUAAAAUGUGGUGUAAAUUCUGUAAUCAGAAAUUGCUUAUAAGCAUUAGAAGUGCAAAGUUUCAAGCUUCAAAGCCUACUUAUACAGCUAUCAAAUAUCAACCUGCUAAAAAAAUCCAGAAAACUAAAGAUCCUAUUGUAAAAGAAGGAGAGCCUCUUCCCCAAUGUGGAGCAUGCAAGCAUUACAAAAAGAGCUUCCGCUGGCUAAGAUUUCCAUGCUGUGGAAGAGUUUAUCCUUGUGAUGUUUGUCACAAUGAAAAAGAAACUGAUCAUGAAAUGAAGUUUGCUUCUCGAAUGAUUUGUGGAUUUUGUGCUAAAGAACAGCCAUACAGUAAAGAUAAACCCUGCUUCGGUUGCUCAGCAGACCUGACAAAGAAGGCAGGUUCUCAUUGGGAAGGUGGAAAAGGAUGCAGGAAUAAAAUUCAGAUGUCUAGGAUGAUAUUACAAAAGUGAGAUUCAGGCACAGAAUAAUAUUGUUAAUUGAAUUUAUUCAGUUCCCAUUUGCUUAUAGGUCCUUAAUUUUUUUCAUUAAUGGUCCUUAAAAGUACUUAAUUUCCGUGUGCAGAAAUGUGUACAAACCCUGUAGAAAA